AAAUCGAAAGUUGUCCUCCGCCUUCCCGUGACCCCCAUUUCUGGAUUCUUAUAUAAAAGAAAAAUAUUGAAUGAUAGGCUACUUUCAUGAUCGAAAUGAACUCUCUUCAGCUGCUUUUGCUUUGUGCUUUCAUUGGACUUGUUUCUACACAAUGGAAUCUCGAGUGUAAAAUUCAAGUGAAAUUCCGUAAUGAUGCGCACAAAAAGAUUCGUAUCGAUCUUCUCGUCCCAUCACUUUCUAUCAUGUCUGACCCAGUUAUUCUUGACGCGUGGAAGCACGAGAAAAGUGUUCAUAUCAAGGGAAAAAACUGCGAGCAGAAGCCAUGGGUAUUCAUGAUCUACGGAUGGCAAGACGACAAAUGGGUUCUCAAGAAGAAGACUCAAUCCAAGUUCACUGGAAACGGAUGGUUCCUGACAGCUGUUGAUGAUGAGUAUACUCUCAAUGUACUCGACAGACAAGGAAUCGCGUGCUCCGAGGGAAACUGCGGAAAGUAAACAAGAGGAAUAGCAAUAAUAAAACUGAUAAUAAAAUUGUCUCGUUUAUUCAUCAAUUUCAAUUAUAAAGAGUCAUUAUAAAA